CAGUAAUGUCCUAUUGGAGUCGACUCUGUGCGCAUGCGCAGAGACUAACCGCUCCGGUUGCUCCUGUUGUAAACAAGACGGCACACAAUAGUAAACGGUUUGAUCAGGCUACUGGGAGUGAAGGUACAUUUUACCUGGUACAGACUGACUGUGGAAAUGAAAGGACACCAGAAAAGUUCUGAACCUGAUGUCAAUUCUCCAGUCAUUGAAGAAGGGGCAGUUGCUACUGCAGAGGACCCAUCAGCAAUUACAACUAUUCAGUCUGCUUCUACAUUCUCCUCGGAGCAGCCGAUCAAAUACCUCUUCAAGACAGAGGGAGCCGGGGGGCAGGUAGGGGAGCUGUACCCUCCCUCAGGGCAGGUUACAUAUCGCGUAAUCCAAGUCGCAGAUGGACAGCUGGAAGCUCAAACUGACAGUGCAACAGCUGUUAGUGUAGUGACUGGGUUUCCUGCUACAACACAGCCUCUUACGCAGGCUGUUUUUUCUCAGUCAGAAGGCUUAGAUGGCGAUGGCACAGAAACCCAUUACACAUACUAUCCUGCUACUAUAUCAGACACAGCGGCCGGGACCAUGGUGACUGGUGUUCAGGCCUCAGAUGCUCUGCUUAGUCAAAGUGCUCCUGCAGGUCAGUUAUAUGUUAUGAUGUCUCCACAGGAGGUCCUUACUGGAGCCAACCAGAGGUCUAUUGCACCUCGUACACAACCUUACAAUGCUAAGACAGAGGGGCCAAGAAAUUCGAGAGAUGAUAAAAGGCGAGCUCAGCACAAUGAAGUCGAGCGAAGACGUAGAGACAAAAUUAACAACUGGAUUGUUCAGCUCUCCAAAACAAUUCCAGACUGCACCAUGGAUUCCACUAAAACUGGACAGAGUAAAGGUGGGAUCCUAUCAAAGGCCUGCGAUUACAUUCAAGAGCUGCGACAAAGUAACAGCAGGUUAGGAGAUGAACUGAACACCCUUGAUAGGUUGAAGAUGGAUAACCAGCUGUUACGGCAAGAGGUGGAAGAUUGGAAAUCUAAGAAUCAGAUUUUGAGGAGCCGGCUCCGGCAGCAUGGCAUAGUUGCAGCAGCAAGUGCAGAACCCCAGUGAAGAGUUAAAAGGAUGUUGGAGUUUUGAGAAUUUAGAUCGAAAAACAUUCAGCGCAGAAGAUUCAAUUUUCUGAUGUUUUUAAAUAACCUUGAACAUUGCAGGACUAACAUAAUGCAGUAUUAAACAACCUGGUGAUGAUUCUCCAUUUGGAUCUUGCCUUAUGUACAUAUUUUAUUUUUGUGUCCCCUGUACGUUUAUCUUAUUUAACAUUCAUUUUUUUAUGUACCAGGACAGGUUUGUUUAUUUUGUACCGUUUCUUCUAAACUUUGUGGAAAUUAGUAAUGUCAAAUAUUUGUGUUAUUAAUGCAUUUUCAUAUAUUUCAUACUUUCGAAGUUCAGGUUUUUUAGCUUAAUUUGUCAGAAUAAUGAGCAUGUCAAAUAACUGCCUGCUAAUUGACAAUUCACAAUAUGGUCAUAGUAGAUUUCACUAUGCAGAGUACUGAAAUAAAUAACACAUUUUCCUCACAAAGCUA